AUGGCACCUGGUCAAAGAUGGGAUUACCAAGGCAAUGCUGGACCAAGUUAUUGGGCAAAUUCGUACGUGGAUUGUGGUCUUAACAAACAAUCGCCGAUUAACAUCGAGUUGGCGGAGGUAAUAGUGGAUACAGAUUUACCCGACUUUAACAUCUCAUCAUUUAAUAACAUCGAGGGUGUCGAACAACAUCUUGAAAAUGUUUUUGGACAUACAGCCGAGGUGAAAUACGGCGGAACUAACUUGACUAUAUCUGGGGGAAAUCUUCAUGGCACUUAUAUGGUGGACCAAUUUCAUUUUCACUGGGGUAAAGUGGACGGUCGAGGUUCAGAACAUAAAAUAAAUAAUAAAUCUUAUGACAUGGAGAUGCACAUAGUCCACCAUUCUACCCUAUAUUCUAAUAUCAGUGAAGCUAUGAAUAAACCUUAUGGUCUGGCUGUCAUCGGCUUCUUUGUACAGGUAUCUGCUGAAGACAAUGAAAAGUUCAGUGGAUUAUUGUCACAUUUCGAAAAUAUCACACACGCAGGUGAUUCCACUCCAAUACACGAGCCAAUAGUCCUCUCUGAAAUCAUCCCAGAAGAUCUAGAAGUGUACUACAGAUAUGACGGUAGCUUGACCACACCACCCUGCUACCAAUCUGUAGUCUGGACCAUCUUCCAGAAACCAAUCUACAUGUCCGAAAAACAGCUGAACAUAUUUCGAGGUUUAAAAAGAAACGCAGACGGAGAAACAGAACGAGAAUUGGUGGAUGACUUCAGACCAAUACAAGGACUGAACAACAGAGCAGUUAAAACUAACCAUGAGAGGGGAAGACCAAACGAAACUUCUAAUAACACCAUUUCAAAUU